AUGGGCCGGAGGCCUAAUCCUUUGAUCCUGACCUACUUUGAACGCGGCCCCAAGCUCUCCGACAACAGCAACCGAUAUCCGCACCGAUGCAAGGCCUGCGGUGAAGACUUCCCCAAAGGUCGGAUCGAUAGUUUGACCAACCAUCUCACCAAGCGAUGUCCCGCCAUCUCCGAGGCAGAGAGGAUCAACGCCUGCCUGGCGCUGCAUGGCAUCAACGGCAGUCCUGCCCGGCGUGCGCACACAGCUGCCGCUGUUCAGGCCAACUCAGCCCUGGCCGACUCGGUCACAGAGAAUGCCUUGUCGCAGACCAACUGGACCGCUCUCGAAACACUCGCCGAAGUCUCCCGGCAGAUCAACCAACAGAAUGCCGACGCGCCCCUCGAUAUCAGCCAGGCAACCUUCAGCCAUCCGCUCCUGGCCUUGACAUCGCCUCCCUUCGAGCUCCAGGAGCAAUUUACCUUGGAGAACCCGCCCUUGAGCUACGAUAGUCGAACCCACCAAGAGCAACAUCAGUUGCAACCCCAAGACUUGCAUGAGAAUGGGCAUACCCAUCUUAAUCACCAUCCCGACCAUGAUCAUGACAACGACCAUGAAAUGACCGAGGAGAAACUACGAAGCCUGCUCGAGGCCGAUGAUCAUGGGCAUGGGCACGAACACGGGCAUGGACAUGAGCAUGAGCAUGUGCAUCAUCAUGAUCAUGCUAUAGACUCUAACCUGUCUAUGGCCGCCGCUGCCGCUGCUCGUCUGAACCCUAACUAUGUGGAUUCACAGAUUCACCACCAGUUUCAGCACGAGCUGCCUCAACCCAUGGAGCAUGAUAACCCCAGUGCGCCUACGACCGAAACGACUACCACCGAGGAUCUCAACGCUAGCGCAACGGUUAUGGCUGAGAUGGACCAUAUGAGCAAUAUUGGCGAAUCAAGUCAGGAUGCUACAACAGGCAACAUCCCCCCCCACGAAGGCGAUGCCAUGGUUGUAGAUGGAGCGGCGCCCACGACCACCACUGAUGCUACGGCUGAUGGUGGUGAACUGAUAAUGGAUGAUUCCACACACGCUGAGCAGUCUGCCAAUUCGACUGCAAUCUCCAUGACCAGCGCGCCCUUGACAUCCCAUGAGUUCAUUCCUGCAUGGAGCGAGUUGACGUAUAUUCCCAACAAUAUCCAACCUCCUGCAACGGUCAGCGAUCAGAGUCAACAGCUGGCAUACACACUAAAUAAGGGUGGCUUUAGAAUGGACACUCUAGGCCCAAAUGGCACACGUGUCCGCCACUCGCGAGCCCGUUUUGACCCCACUCGAAGGAAGGAGGUCCAAGAGGUCAGGCGGAUCGGGGCCUGCAUUCGGUGUCGUAUCUUGCGGAAAGUCUGUUCCAAGGGGACACCAUGUGACACGUGUCGGAAAGUACUUUCGCCACGGGUCUGGCACACGGGAUGCACACGAACGAAGUUGGCUGAGCAGAUUGAGCUGUACUCUGCAGGCGUCCAGAUUGUCGUGGCUCAGAAACGUGUCAACAAAUUGAAAGAUGACUACAAAAUGUCCAACAAUGGUGUUGUGAUUGAAGCCUCACACUUCCAUGAGACCGGGCAUCAGAUCACGCUCCAAGUUCUUCAAGGUAUCCCCGCAACAGCCACCCAGGACGUCAAACCUGAUGCAGACAGCCCGUCCUCCGGGGAAACAAUCAUGAUCGACAACAGCAAAGUAGACAUUCCCGCGCAGGUGGAGAACUACAUGCGACGCAUGCUUCCUGAGUUCAUUAGCCGAGAGACCUCCUCCCAUGUUCGGGUCACACUAGAGUGCGCUCAGACAGUUGCACAUGACACCAAUGAUGAGUUACUCCGGCGCUCACUUGAGCUGUGGGGCCUUACAGAGAUCAUGGACCGCGAACGUCAGUGGUCUUUUCAUAAGAAGCUAAGCAAUGGUGAAUGCGGGGAUAUCUGGCUGAAGGACGAAACAUCCAACAACGAGCAUGACAAUGAGACAUUUACAACUUUCUGUACUCAGCUCACUGCUGGGGCUGAACGGAAGGCAGCCCAUACAAGCAAGAGUCUGCUUGUUGGAAUUCAACGGAAUCUGCAGGAUGGCCGAUCGAAACUUGGUUUUCCAAUGUUCCUGACGGCCAUGAUCUUUCUCAACUGCGUCGAAAAAAUGACUUGGUCUUUCAAAGCCUGGGAUGGAGAAGCACUUCGAUCAUUGUGGCCUUUAGAAAAGCAACCCGACAACUAUUAUAAUCAGGGAUAUGGCCUCUGUGACCUGCUGAAGAUGCUUCUCCACAUCCGCCACAUCAUGCCUAAGGUUUCCGAGGGGGAGCCUAACCAGCCCAUCAAGGCGGCGGAAGAAGAGGAUGAGACGAUCAAGAAGUACUAUGAAGAUCUCAAUGUUACCCCCGACUUCUUGCACAGCCGCCGUGAGAAUUUCUCAUUUGAUCAGUCCGACUCACACUCGCUUGAGUUCCUGUUCUGUUCUGCACUACUGCAGCCAUAG